GAGGCUGUGACGCGGCCGCCGGCCCCUGGGCUGGGUACUUUGUCGCGCGGCCGCUUUCCCCCCGGCCGGGCCCCCGCCGUCCCGCGUUCCAACAAGCGCCUGGCCCCCGGGGGGAGGGUGGGAGGCAGGGAGGGAGCAGGGCCGGUGGGCGCCAGCGGCGCGCAGCGGGACCCACGGAGCCCCGCCACCCGCCGAGCCUGGAGCCGGGCCGGGGCGGGGAAGCCGGCUCCAGCCGGGAGCAAACUUCGCAGCCGGGCGGGGGGUGGCGGGGACCCCGUCCGGAGCCGGAGGAGGGGCCGGCCGCGGGCCCUCCCGCCGCUGCUCCCGCGCCUCCGGUCACCAUGCUGUCCAACUCCGGCGCUGUCCCCCAGCCCGCCGCCGCCGCCGCCGCCGCACCAUGCUGUCCGACGCCGGCGAUGUUCCCCAACCCGCCGCCGCCGCCGCAGCCCCCCGCCCCGGCCCAGCCUCACCCUCCGACCCAGCCGCCGCCGCAGCCCCCGCAGCAGUUCCCCCAGUUCCACGUCAAGUCGAGCCUACAGAUCAAGAAGAACGCCAUCAUCGACGACUACAAGGUCACCACCCAGGUCCUGGGACUGGGCAUCAACGGGAAAGUUUUGCAGAUCUUCAACAAGAGGACCCAGGAGAAAUUCGCCCUAAAAAUGCUUCAGGACUGCCCCAAGGCCCGCCGCGAGGUGGAGCUGCACUGGCGGGCCUCCCAGUGCCCACACAUCGUGCGGAUCGUGGACGUCUACGAGAACUUGUACGCGGGGAGGAAGUGCCUGCUGAUUGUCAUGGAGUGUUUGGACGGUGGAGAACUCUUUAGCCGAAUCCAGGACCGAGGAGACCAGGCAUUCACAGAAAGAGAAGCAUCAGAGAUCAUGAAGAGCAUCGGUGAGGCCAUCCAGUACUUACACUCAAUCAACAUCGCUCAUCGGGAUGUCAAGCCUGAGAAUCUCUUAUACACCUCCAAAAGGCCCAACGCCAUUCUCAAACUCACUGAUUUUGGCUUUGCCAAGGAAACCACCAGCCACAACUCUCUCACCACUCCUUGUUACACACCAUACUAUGUGGCUCCAGAAGUGCUGGGCCCAGAGAAGUAUGACAAGUCCUGUGACAUGUGGUCCCUGGGUGUCAUCAUGUACAUCCUGCUGUGUGGGUAUCCCCCCUUUUAUUCCAACCAUGGCCUUGCCAUCUCUCCGGGCAUGAAGAGUCGCAUCCGAAUGGGCCAGUAUGAGUUCCCCAACCCAGAAUGGUCAGAAGUAUCCGAGGAAGUGAAGAUGCUCAUCCGGAACCUGCUGAAGACAGAGCCCACCCAGAGGAUGACCAUCACCGAGUUCAUGAACCACCCCUGGAUCAUGCAAUCAACGAAGGUCCCCCAAACCCCACUGCACACCAGCCGGGUCCUGAAGGAGGACAAGGAGAGGUGGGAGGACGUCAAGGAGGAGAUGACCAGUGCCUUGGCCACGAUGCGGGUCGACUAUGAGCAGAUCAAGAUAAAGAAGAUCGAAGACGCAUCCAACCCUCUGCUGCUGAAGAGGAGGAAGAAAGCGCGGGCCCUGGAGGCCGCGGCCCUCGCUCACUGAGCCGCUGAGCCUGUCCUGCUUCCCUGGACGACAAGCAAUAACUCUCGACCUGAGUAUAUUUUUUAAACGAAGAGACACAGAACUGUCCACUCCCGCCUCCCCUCCUCCUCGGCCGCGUGGAGCCCGGACCUUGUCACAGGCCGAGUUCUGCCUGGGGUUCUGGCCGCCCCUGAGAGGGAGAGUCUGGGAGGCCGGGGGCGUGUGGAGAGAAGCAGCAAGAUGCUCUUGAACCUGUGCUCAUUUUGCAAUUUUAUCAGUAAUUUGACUUAGAA